AUGAAUGGCUUUAGAAAUCUAUCAGCUGAAAUGCAGGCUGCUGGUGCUGCCGCCAGGAGGCAGCCGCACGCAGUCACACGGCCCUGCACGUCUCGGGACUCGCGGAAAGCAGCGGAGUUAACGCUGCGAGGGAGGCGCGUGUUAGCCGGGCUUAAGCAAAGGUGGUACUGGGGCAACAUGAGCGUUGCCGAAGCCGCUGAAGCCAAGGAGAGGCUGCAGGAUGCCCCCGAAGGGACUUUCUUGGUUAGGAAUAGCUCGCACUCGGAGUAUUUGCUGACUAUUUCGGUGAAAACGUCCGCGGGACCCACCAAUCUCCGCAUAGAGUGUCAGGAUGGCAAGUUCAGGCUGGACUCGAUCACUUGUGUCAGAUCUCGGCUGAAGCAGUUCAACAGCGUCGUGCACUUGAUCGAGUACUAUGUGCUUAUGUGCAAGGAGAGGACCGAAACGCCCUCGAACGGCACCGUCCAUCUGUACUUGAACAAACCCCUCUACACGUCAGCUCCAUCUCUGCAGCAUCGCUGCAGAGUCACUAUAAACAGAUGCACAAACCAGAUCUGGGAACUGCCGUUACCGACGCGACUAAAAGAGUACUUGAAAGAGUAUCAGUACCAGGUAUAGCUGUCUUGCCUAAAUGCCUCUAGCGUAGAGUACCUGUUGAAUGCAAUUCCUAAAAUCAGCCAAAGAACGGAGUGGCCAGUUGUACAACUCGUUGCGGAAUUCACUAUCAAAACAGUGGCAGUUCUGGGGGAAAGGCUUUUGUUUCAGAUGCCACAAA